AUGUACCUGAAUGUCCCGUUCAACGGACCAUUUUACAAGCCUGUCGGGUUCGAGGAAGUUGACGUCGCGGACAUCGGGAGAUUAUUCGAGGACGAGGCGCAACAGAUCUGGGAUCAGGAGCAAAAUUCAAUUCCGAUGCCUGAAAGGAGAGGGUGGAUGGUCAAAUGGCUCAGUCAACCGCAUGAGCAGCCUUUUAGAUCUGGGAAACUGCUAGUGGAAGAAAGAAGCGCGGGUCGAUAUUGGUAA